GUGUAGCUGUGGGUCCAAGACUUGGGCCUGGAAAAGAAUGCCCCGGUAACUCGGAAUUUGCUCCCCUGUCACUUUUUUUUUAGCUUGAAUUAAUCCCACUUUGACGAUUGACACGAGCAGCGAACGUUAACUAUUUACGGUGUACUGUGUAGGUAAUUUCGAGCCUGCCACCCAGCAGACGGCCGAAUAUAUAUCACCGCCGGUCCGGGGCCAUCACCGAGGGGAUCCCGACUUCCAAUUACAUUCUCGAUGCUCGAUUCGGCUUCAGAACAUUGGUAGCGCCCGGCGUCGUGACCAUCUCCCUUCGACCGCCGACGCUUUCGCGCCCUCACCGACGCUGGGUCCGUCAUGAUAAGAGCAGUGACGCGGCCGAGGCAAUUGCAACGAUGGGUUUGCUCGAGCUGCCUGUUCCAGCGUACGGCGCCCGUCUCGCCUGCCCGUCAACAGCACCGAUUCACAACUUCGCACAAGUCGAACUCCGUCCGGGACCAGCCGAUUGUCCCAGUUAGCCAUGCGCCAAUAACCCGCGAAGAUGACUUCGUCUUACGCUCGGUUUUCGACUAUCCCCAGUUUUGGAAGGACUUUACCAACGCCCAGUAUGGCAUGAGUGUCGGUCUCUUCCGGAACUCGUUCCUGAGAGAGCCCAGGGGGUUUAUCACCUUCUCCCGGGUGAGCCUGAAGAAGGCCCGGGCCGUUGUCGCCAAGGUGCUCGCCGCAUCAUCCGUCGCCGAGUACCGCCUUAUAGUCCGGGACCUUGACCGCCUGAGCGACAUUCUCUGCCGCGUGCUCGAUAUGGCCGACUUUGUGCGCGUUACCCACCCCAACAAAGCCAUGCAGCGGAAUGCGAGCACGGCCUGGGAGUCCGUAUACGAGUACAUGAACGAACUCAACACCAUGACAGGUCUGCACGACCAGUUGGCUACCGCGAUGGCCAACCCAGAUGUUACCGCCGUCUGGUCCGAGGAGGAAAAGGCGGUGGCAGAAGUAUUGAAACUGGACUUCACCAAGUCGGCCGUCAGCCUGCCCCAGAAAUACCGCGAUCGCUUUGUCAAGCUUUCGUCAGAAAUCAGCGCAGUCGGGUCCGCUUUCGUACAAGAGAUGGCGCCCGAACAGGACACAGUCAUCUUCCCCAGCAGCGAGCUCCGGGGCAUGGAUCCUGUCCAAGCGCGGGGCCUGACACAGGGCGGCAAUGUCUAUCUUCCCACACUGAGCGGGCAAGCCGCCCUGGCAUUGCGUACCGUACAUGACGCGGAUGCGCGGAAGCGGAUUUUCUACGCCUCCCGCACGGCGUCCCGUCAAUCCGUAGAGAUGCUCGAGUAUUUGAUGAAACUACGAGCCGAGCUAGCCACUCUCUCAGGAUUUGAGAGCUACGGCCACCUCGCCUUGAGCGAUCGCAUGAUGGCGAGGAGUCCAGAAGCCGUCGACCAAUUCCUCCGUGCACUCGUCGACAGCAAUAGGCCCAAGGCGAUGCAAGAGAUGGCCGAGCUCCUAAUCGAGAAGCAAAAAGCGUACCCUCAGACAAACAAACUUGAUCCCUGGGACAAGGAUUACUACUCAGACCUCAUCCGCCGGCCACUAAGGCUGACCGGGCGCCAAGGCGACAUCCUAUCGUCUUACUUCUCGCUCGGCGUUGUCAUGCAGGGCCUUUCCAGGCUAUUCACGGAGCUGUACGGCAUCAGACUCAUCCCGAGGCAGCCCUUGGUUGGAGAGACAUGGCAUCCCGACGUGCGCCGCCUUGAUGUGGUGUCAGACACGGACGGCCAUGUCGCGGUUCUGUACUGCGACCUUUUCAACCGCGCCGACAAGUCCCCGAAUCCCGCGCAUUUCACCGUCCGCUGCUCGCGCGAGAUAUUCAAGGAAGAAAUGGCCGAGGUCUGGGAGCAGAGCCAGCAGGACCCCGAGAUGGCCAUGACGUUCGGGAGUCCCGAGCUUGCGGCCAACGACGGCAUGACCUUUUCGAGACACGGUAACACUAUAAAACAACUCCCAACCAUCGCCCUGGUCUGCGACUUCCCGCAGCCAUCCAACCAAGGGGACCAGCCGGCCCUCCUGAGCUUCUUCCAGCUCGAAACGCUGUUCCACGAGAUGGGCCACGCGAUCCACUCAGUACUGGCGCGCACCUCGUUCCAGACCGUCUCGGGCACGCGGUGCGCCACGGACCUAGCCGAGCUGCCCUCCACGCUGAUGGAGUUCUUCGCGGCCGACGCGGCCGUGCUCGGCCAGUUCGCGCGCCACCACGAGACGGGCGAGCCGCUGCCGUACCGCAUGGUGGCGCAGAAGGCGCGCCAGGCCCGCCGCUUCGAGGCCUCCGACACGGAGAACCAGAUCCUGCUCGCCAUGCUCGACCAGGCCCUGCACUCCCCGCGCGCCGCCGCCCCCGGAUUCGACCCCACCGCCAUCUUCCACGGCAUCCAGAAGGCCCACAGCUGUGCGCCCCCCGACCCCCCCGGCACCAGCUGGCCGGGCUUCUUCGGCCACCUGUCCGGCUACGGGAGUACCUACUACAGCUACCUGUUCGACCGCGUGCUGGCCCAGCGCGUGUGGGACGUGGUCUUCCGCGGGGGGGAGCGCGGUGGUGCGCUCAAGCGUGAGAAUGGCGAGCGCCUCAAGGAGAGCCUGCUCAAGUGGGGCGGGGCGAGGGAUCCGUGGAGAUGCCUGUCGGAGGUGCUGGGCGAUGACAGAUUGGCCGAGGGGGGCGAGGAGGCCAUGGCGCUGGUGGGGAGUUGGGGGUCGACGAAGCAGAAGUGACGGACCUGCCUGGGGUUGGUUGAUGAGAUUGGUGUUGGAUGUGCAUAUGAACU